GUCCGCUGAUUGGUUGCCUGCGUCCCGUGCGCCGGGCUGACGACAGUCGCUGCUAGUUGGGCCUGGUUCCCUGUCCCCGCUGCUAUCUUCGUCUUUCUAUGUUUCUCUUUUAAGGCGACAGCCUUUAGCAACGGCUCGAAUAAACACGUCCUCACUUGGCCGGUGUCAGGCCUCCUUCACGCUUUUGUCUUGUGCUUCCGAGGCACCGUAGGGGCAUCAUGUCCCACCCCGGCUGCUUUUGUACGGCCAGAAUAAUCGCCAGUUCUUUAAACAGAGGUUUUGUGUGUGGCCGGGGACAUCUCGCUUUGUUGAAAAGGCCAAGAAGUUCAGAAUUUCAUUUGGUACGGAAGGUCCCAUUCAGACGUUUUACAGUAACAACUGUGUAUUGUGCUUCUAAAGAUGCCAGUAAAGAUGGAUCUGGAGAUGGAAAUAAGAAAUCGGUAGGAGAAGGCACAAGUAAGAAAUCCUCUGGGGGUUCUGGGAAAGGAGGGAAUCAGCUGCGCUGCCCGAAGUGUGGAGAUCUAUGCACCCAUGUGGAAACCUUUGUCUCCUCUACUCGGUUUGUGAAGUGUGAGAAAUGCCAUCACUUUUUUGUUGUGUUAUCCGAGGCAGACUCAAAGAAAUCCAUCGGCAAGGAACCAGAGUCUGCUGCAGAAGCAAUGAAAUUGGCAUUUCAGCAAAAACCUCCUCCACCCCCAAAGAAGAUCUUCAACUACCUCGACAAGUAUGUUGUGGGUCAGGCGUUUGCAAAGAAGGUACUGUCUGUUGCUGUAUACAAUCAUUACAAACGGAUUUAUAAUAAUAUCCCAGCAAACCUCCGGCAGCAAGCUGAAGUGGAGAAACAGGCAUCCUUAACACCAAGAGAGCUGCUGCAGAUUGCUGGAAUCAGCCCUCAUGGAAAUGCCUUAGGAGCGUCUAUGCAGCAGCAGGUAAACCAGCAGAUGCCACAGGAAAGGAGAGGAGGCGAUGUACUGGACUCUAACCAUGAUGAGAUCAAACUGGAGAAAAGCAACAUACUACUUCUGGGCCCAACAGGCUCUGGUAAAACUCUGUUGGCACAGACACUGGCAAAAUGUUUGGAUGUUCCUUUUGCAAUCUGUGACUGUACAACAUUAACCCAAGCUGGCUAUGUAGGAGAGGACAUUGAGUCUGUGAUUGCUAAAUUGCUGCAGGAUGCCAAUUACAAUGUGGAAAAGGCACAGCAAGGGAUUGUUUUCUUGGAUGAGGUUGACAAAAUUGGCAGUGUACCAGGUAUCCAUCAGUUACGGGAUGUUGGUGGUGAAGGUGUUCAGCAGGGCUUGCUAAAACUUCUGGAAGGCACCAUCGUUAAUGUCCCAGAAAAGAACUCUCGCAAGCUGAGAGGAGAAACUGUUCAAGUCGACACAACUAAUAUUCUCUUUGUGUCAUCUGGUGCUUUUAACGGUCUGGAUAGGAUCAUCAGCAGAAGAAAGAAUGAGAAGUAUUUAGGUUUUGGAAUAGCCUCAAAUAUGGGCAAAGGAAGGCGAGCAGCAGCUGCAGCUGACCUAGCCAAUAACAGUCCAGAAUCCAAUGCUGUGCAGGAUAUUGAGGAAAAAGACAGACUUUUGCGACUUGUGGAGGCCAGAGACCUUAUUGAGUUUGGCAUGAUCCCGGAGUUUGUUGGCCGCUUACCUGUGGUGGUUCCUCUGCAUAGCCUGGAUGAACAAACCCUCGUGCGGAUCCUUACAGAGCCACGCAAUGCAGUUGUGCCACAAUAUCAAGCCCUCUUCAGUAUGGAUAAGUGCGAGUUAAGCAUUAGCGAAGAUGCUUUGAGGGCCAUUGCCAGACUGGCUCUUGAAAGAAAAACUGGUGCAAGAGGCCUCCGGUCUAUAAUGGAAAAACUACUACUGGAGCCUAUGUUUGAAGUUCCCAACUCUGAUAUCGUAUGUGUGGAGGUGGACCAGGAAGUGGUGGAAGGAAAGAAGGACCCCAGAUAUGUCAAGACCCAAAGAAAAGAAGUGUCAGAGGAAGAGUAUGAUUCUGGAGUUGAGGAGGAAGGCUGGUCACGUCAAGCCGAUGCUGCAAACAAUUAGUUCAGUUGGUUUUCCUGCCUGUUGUUUCCCAAAAUGUGUAGUAUUUACUAUCCAGAAAGACGAGGAAUAAUUAAAACAAUUGAAGCAAUUAAUUUUAAGAAUGCUUCGGAUUUCUACAGUUAGGCAGAUUUAUACAAUGUCCUGACAUUAAAGACAAAAAAAAAAUCACUUUUAGGGGCUAUUUUUUUAAGGUGAAAUCUCUUUAACUGAUCUGAGCCCUUAACUCUAGGGAAUUACAGCAGUUCAUAUUCCAAUUAUGUUUCCUAACAGAAGUGUGGUGUUUGAGAAACGCAGAAAAAGCUUUUAUUUUGGAGGUUGCAAAUUGGGCUAGAGAGCUUCUCUCUUCUCUGAAUUUUACACCUUUUCUAUUUGAAUGUUACCAAUAACCAUUCGCUGUCUUUCUGAUCUUAAUUUUUUUUUUUUAUCCUGUGACUGGUUACUCAGUUUUUUUGAGCAUCUAAAUGGUUGUUAGCUUUUACCAGCACAUUUAUAAUACACACAAGUGACUCUGCACAUCCCAUAUGUGCUCUGGCCAGUAGAGUGCAGGUGAGUUAAUACACAGACACAGAGACACAAAAAUAACAACAUGUUAACACGUUAAGCUGUGGAUGAACCACAAACCCUCAGAUUUGGGAUAGAUUUAACAUAUAUCUUUUUUUUUUUUUCCCUUUAGCAGCAGACUUGUAAAUGUAGAAAGAGCCAAUCAAGGUGCCUUACAGGCAGCAGCUGUCUGGGACACACUUUGUGUUACUUCUUUCUUGUAGCAUAAUAAAGGAAAUUACCUCUAGAGUAAUGUCACUUAAAAGGAAAGCCAACAGUAGUGAUAUAACGGCUGUGUUUUAUCCAUGUAAUCAUUCAUUUUCUGUUUAUUCAAGGCAAGAAAUGUAAUAUACUACACUUCAGAACUCAUGUCCGCAUGAGACGGGUGAGAAUUGGACUGCUUUUAAGUUACAGAUCCAUGUGUGUACAAUUUUUUAUUUUUAGGUUUUUUUUUUUUGGUUUUAGAAUUUCACUAAGCUAGGCUAAGAAAUUAAUGUUUGUCCCCUAUGGCAUAUAUUUAAAUAAAUAUGAUCUUUUAGCCACAUCUUUGGCUAACACUAA